CUGCCCAUUGGCGGUGAGUCUGAGGUAACAAGUUCUCCCAAGCCCUCCAAUAUGCGCAGAGAUGGGCGGUAGCUCUUUACGCAGCGCUCUCAAGUCUCUGAAGUUAAAACUCAUGCGCGCUAUUGUCGCUGAGUAUGUCGAGGCUCCGGGCGGAUAGAUGCAUGGGAAUCUCCGUGUAGACGUCCAGCUGACUCCCAACACUUUGGGUUUUUUUUUUCAUCGGGGCGUCUCGCAUCAGCAGCACGUUGGCACAGUGACUGUUUUCGGCUCUCAUCGGCUGCGAAGAUGUUGUUCCAUAGACUUCUCCUGUGUUUUUCAGUAACAGGUAUCGUUUCCGCGCAGCCCGACAGCUCUGGAUUAUUUUACGCACUGAGAUCAGAACUAUCAGAAGAUGCCAUCUUGGUGGCCAACAACGGAAUACGCGUGCCUUUCGGGAGAUCGGUCUUCAUCGAUCCCAUCAAUGAUUUGGUGAUCCAGACGCAGCCGGGAGACCGGUGCAGCAUCACCGUGCUGGAUAACGAUCCGCUCUCGCAGAGACCCGGCCACCUCUCGCCCAAAAAGUUUCCGUGUGAUUUCGGUCCCAGCGAUGUGACAUAUUCCCACUAUGGAUCCAGGAGUCCAGCCAGAGACAGGGUGAAGCUGCAGCUCAGGUACGACGCGCAAACCGAAACCGUUAUCAUCCCGUUCAUGAUGGAGGUGGAAGUAGUUUUUACGCAACUAGAGUUACUCACUAAAAACAUGCCUCUCACUGUUGAUAAUCUCAAAGGGAUCAGCAACCCGAUUGAUAAAAAGAUUUUAGAGUUUACUUAUGAUAGAGACUCGCACAAAUGUGAGGUGGCAUCGCUAUCCAGCGGCACCGCGCUGCCUAGAUAUGGGAAACUCAUUGAUGGGGGGAAACUUUCCCAAAUGAUGGACUGUGAUGAGUUCACACAAGCUGACAUCCGCUAUGAGCACACGUUUGAUCGCAAGUCUCCCAACAGAGACUAUGUUCCCAUGGUUGUGGAGCUGCAUGAUAAGGAGGGCAACCUAGUGAAACAGGAGUAUUUUCAUCUCAUGGUUCGCAUCAAGGAGGGAGAGGAAAACACUCCCCCUAAACCCAGCUUUGUGUCCAUGAUGAUGAUGGAGGUCAGCCAGUUUGUCAUGACCGCCCUCAUCCCUGACAUGCUGGCUGCUGAGGAUGCAGAGUCACACCCAGAUGAGCUUAUUUUCAACAUCACUUCACCUUUAUCCUAUGAGGAGGGCUACAUAGUCAGCACGGAUGACAGAAACCUGCCCAUCACAUCCUUCUACCAGAGAGACUUGCGUGAUUUGAAAAUAGCUUACAAGCCUCCCUCCCUGGACUCAGACACAGAGAGGAUUUUCCAGCUGGAGUUUGAGGUGGUGGACAUAGAUGGAGCUGUGUCAGACCCUUUUGCUUUCAUGAUUGUUGUGAAGCCGAUGAACACUCUGGCCCCCGUGGUGACGCGCAACACUGGUCAGCUGCUGUACGAGGGCCAGUCUCGGCCUCUCUUCAGCGCUCACAACCUGGAGAUCAGUGACGAGGACAACCUGGACAGCGUCACCGUCACGGUGGUGGACGGGCUGCGUCACGGGGACCUGGUGGUUCUGGGCUCCCACAGGAAAUUCUUCACACCUGCCGACCUCGCAACAGGCGUUGUUGUGUACCAGCAUGACGGAAGUGACACAUACAGUGACAACAUUGUCUUCAAGAUGACAGAUGGAAAGAAUGAAGUAGAAUUCCUCUUUCCUAUUACUAUCGUUCCCACUGAUGAUGAGCCACCUAUUAUAAAUGCCAACACUGGUCUGGUGCUGUUCAAAAAUCAAAUGAUGCCCAUUUCUCCUCUCAUGCUCAGCGCUGCUGAUAUUGACUCUGAGGACUCGACUAUUAAAUUCACUAUUGUCCCUCCUUUUUCUGUAAUUGGCACAGUGCUACUAAGGCAGUCAGAUGCCCCAGAGGACCCCUCCUCUUGGAAAUUCAAUGCUGAGGAUGAGAUGUAUGAGAAGGAGGUUACAGAGUGGCUUCAGAAAGAUAUCACUGACGGGAAGUUGUUUUACAAACACACAGGCCCUCACAACACAGACACAGUCAUGGAUCAGUUUGUAUUCACAGUUCAGGAUGACAACGACCCCCCAAACGUGUCAGGAGAGAACGUUUAUAUAAUCCGUGUUUUACCUAUCGAUGAUGUUCCCCCUGAGCUGUUCCCUGGCACCACACUGCAGCUGACAGUUCAGGAGUACAAACUCACUCAUUUUAGCAAAGAAGUUCUGCGCUACACUGACUUGGACUCUGAGGACCGUGAUCUCAAAUACACAGUUAUCCAACCCCCAACAGAUACAGAUGAAAAUAACCCGGUUGUGUUUGGUUCUUUGGUCCUGACAGACAGCCCCGACAUUGAAGUCACAGAGUUCACACAAGCUCAAAUUAACCAUCAUAAGAUCUCCUACGGCCCCCCAGAUGUUGAGCUGGGAAUCACAGCCCACGUCGUGCAGUUUCGCUACACUGUCGAAGACACGGCUGGGAACAGCGUGGAGGGAGCUUUCACUAUCUACCUGCAGCCUGUCAACAACAAACCCCCUCAGAUCACAAACACCGGCUUUACUGUGUUUGAACGGGGCAUGCACAUCAUCACCAUCGCUGAGCUGGAUGCCACAGACCUCGACACAGAGAGCAAACAAAUUACCUUCACUCUGAGCCAGCCGCCUAAACAUGGCCAGAUCCAGGCUGCAUUCACUGAUCUGGAGAGAAGAGGGGUUUUCAGACUUGAGGAUAUCUCAGAGGGAAAGAUAUCAUACAUUCAUAGCGGAGAGGAGACAGUAAGUGAUGAAUUUCAGCUGGAUGUCAGUGAUGGGAUUCAUGUUGUAACCGUGACGGUCAAAGUUAAUGUAAAGCCUGUCGAUGAUGAAACUCCAACCGUCAGCUUGCCUGCGGGAACAAUCGGGUCCCAUAUGGACGUGCUGGAAAAUGGAGCCACGGAAAUCACAACUAAUGUGAUUCAGGGCCAUGAUGACGACACGGAUGACCUCCAGCUUACCUUUAUCGUGGAAGAUCCUCCGGUUAUGGGGGAAAUAUUGGUCAAAGGAGUGCCUGCAACAAGGUUUACACAGGCUGACAUAAUUAAUGGUGUGGUUGUGUAUGCACACACUGGUGGAGAGAUCGGCCUCUCCUCUCAGCAGGACGGAUUCAAUUUGACUCUCACAGACAUGUCUGAUGAUUGGACUGUGGGUGGCAAUAAGGUCAACGGAGUCCACGUUCGAGUCACAAUCCUUCCUGUAGACAGCCAGGCCCCUGAGGUCGGAGUUGGAAUUCAAUUCAGUGUCAUUGAAGGAGAGAAAUACACCAUCGGCCCUCAGCACUUAAACGCUGAUGAUAACGACACUCCAACAGAUGAUAUCCUUUGCACCAUCAUUGUCCAGCCCACUGCAGGCUAUGUAGAGAAUAUAUCCCCAGCCCCAGGCUCAGAAAAGUCCAGAUCAGGAACAGCUGUCAGUGCUUUUACUAUCAGAGACAUCAGAGAAGGAAAUAUCCACUAUGUGCAGAGCAUUCACAAGGGAGUAGAGCCAGUGGAGGAUAGAUUCACAUUUAGGUGCUCUGAUGGCAUCAAUUUCUCAGAGAAUCAUUUCUUUCCUAUUGUCAUCAUCCCAGCAAAUGAUGAAAAGCCAGAGAUUUAUUUGAGGGAGAUAGCAGUGAUGGAAGGGAUGAACAUUGUCAUCGACACUCCCAUUCUGAAUGGAGCCGACAGCGACAUUCCACCUGAGGAGCUGAUGUUCAUCAUUUCCAAACCUCCUAAACACGGUGCCAUUUUGAACCAGCUAUCCACAGGCUCAGUUUUGGUGACUAAUUUCACUUUAGAGCAGAUUAGAGAGGCAUCAAGCAUUAUUUAUGAGCAUGACGACUCAGAGACAACGGAGGACAGCUUUGAUGUCAUUCUGACGGAUGGAAAGUACUCUGUGCAAAAAACUGCCGUGGUUAUGAUCAUCGCUGUUGAUGACGAGACCCCCAGGAUGAUCAUCAACGAUGGGCUAGAGGUGGAAAUCGGAGAGACCAAAGAAGUCAAUAACAAAGUGCUCAAAGCAACAGAUUUAGAUUCAGAUGACAGCACACUUACAUAUAUAAUCCGGUUUGGGCCUGGUCAAGGUUUCCUACAGAGAAAAUCUCCAUCUGGGUCUCUGGAGAACAUCACCCUUGGCAUGAAUUUCACACAAGCUGAAAUCGAUGCAGGGCUUUUAGUUUACACACACAACGGACAGGAGGGCAUUCGAGAUUUGGUCAAAUUUGAUGUGACUGAUGGAAUGAAUCCACUAAUUGAUCGUUACUUCUACAUCACUGUGGGCAGCAUUGACAUGGUCUUCCCUGAUGUGGUCAGUAAAGGAGUGUCUCUAAGAGAAGGUGGCAGAGUGACUUUGACCACAGAUCUUCUCAGCACCAGUGAUCUCAACAGCCCUGAUGAAAACUUAGUCUUCACUAUCACAAGGGCCCCUGUCAGGGGCCACUUAGAGUGCACAGAUACUCCUGGGAUGCCCAUUGUGUCUUUCACUCAGCUCCAACUGGCCGGCAGUAAGGUUUACUACAUCCACACGUCAGAUGAUGAGGUGAAAAUGGACAGUUUUGAAUUCGAAGUCACCGAUGGCUACAAUCCUAUUUUCAGAACAUUCAGAAUCUCCAUUGUGGAUGUUGAUAAUAAGAAACCAGUUGUGACUGUAAACAGCCUAGUUGUCACAGAAGGGCAGGUUAAGUUGAUCACACCAUUUGAGCUCACGGCUGAAGACCAGGACACGGCUGAGAAGCUGAUAAAAUUCACCGUCACCCAGCUGCCUAUUCACGGCAAACUGUUCUACAACCGGUCUACACCCGUCACCAGCUUCACAAAACAAGACCUGAAUGAAAACCUCAUCAGCUACAAACACGAUGGGACUGAAUCAGCAGAGGACUCUUUCUCCUUCACUGUCACCGACGGCACUCACACUGACUUCUAUGUGUUCCCCGACACUGUUUUUGAGACCAGACGACCUCAAACCAUGAUGAUCACGAUUGUGGCAAUUGACAAUGGUGUCCCUCAGAUUGUGGUAAACAAAGGUGCGCCCACUUUGAAGAUUUUGUCCACGGGGCACCUGGGCUUCCCUAUCACCUCCACAGUGCUGAGGGCAGAGGACAGAGACAGCACUCCGGCCUCCCUGCUGUUCCACGUCACCACCCAGCCCAAACACGGUUACAUUGUGAACCUGGGACAAGGAAACAACUCCAUCGACACAUUUAGUCAAGCUGACAUUGACGAGCUGAACAUCUGCUAUGUGCUGCGGAAUGAAGAAAACACCACGUCUGACCUCUUCCAUUUCUCUGUGGAGGAUAACGGUGGGAACAAGCUGACGGGGCAGCAGUUUCGUCUGGACUGGGCCUGGAUCUCUCUGGAGAAAGAGUACUACGUGGUGGACGAGGAGCAGAAGUUCCUGGACGUGGUGCUCAGACGCAGAGGUUACCUGGGAGAGACAUCUUUCAUCGGCAUUGGCACCCAGGAUGGAAGUGCGAAGAAGGAGGAGGACUUCAAGGGUAAGUCUCAGAGGCAGGUCCAGUUCAACCCAGGACAAACCGGAGCCACAUGGCGUGUUCGGAUCCUGACGGAUGGGAAGUACGAGCAGGCGGAGACCUUCCAGAUUUUGCUGUCGGAGCCGGUGAUGGGAGUGAUGGAGUUCCCGGUCACAGCAACAGUAGAGAUCCUGGAUCCCAGUGAUGAGUCGACUGUAUUCUUCCCUGAACAGAUCCACUCAGUAGAGGAAGAUGUUGGGGAGCUUUUCAUCCCGGUGCACCGCAGUGGAGACAUCAGCGAGGAGCUCAUGGUGGUCUGCUACACACAGCAGGGUUCUGCCUCGGGGACUAUUCCCACCACUGUCCUGUCUUACUCGGACUACAUCUCCCGUCCGGAGGAGCACAGCAGCCUCCUUCGUUUUGACAAGGGUGAGAGGGAGAAGCAGUGUCGCGUGGUGAUUAUUGACGAUUCGCUGUACGAGGGCGAAGAGAGCUUCAAUGUCACUCUCUCGCUGCCUGUCGGGGGACGUCUGGGAAUGCACUACCCCACCACCAAAGUCAACAUCUUGGAGGAUAUGGAUGAUGCUCCAGUGUUUUACUUUGGAGAGGUGGAAUAUCAUGUGGAUGAGAGUGAUGGACAUGUGGAGGUCAAAGUGUGGAGGACGGGAACUGAUCUGUCCAAGACUGGGACCGUCACCAUUCGCUCUCGCAAAGCAGAGCCUGUCUCUGCAGAAGCUGGUAUCGACUAUGUGGGCAUCAGUCAUAACCUGGACUUCGCCCCUGGUGUCAGCAUGCAGACGUUCAGGGUCACCAUUCUGGAUGAUCUGGGGCAGCCGGAGCUGGAAGGGAUCGAGAGCUUUGAGCUGGUGCUGCGUAUGCCGAUGAACGGCAUCCUGGGAGAACCUGGAAAGGCCACAGUCUUCAUCAAUGACUCAGUAUCUGACUUGCCGAAGGUCCAGUUCCGCCAGCCGCUGUACGCUGGCGAGGAGAGUGACGGUCAGAUCACAGCAACGGUGUACCGCAGCGGCGACAUCAGACACCAGUCCUCUGUUCGCUGCUACACCCGUCAGGGCUCCGCACAGGUCGCCUCCGACUUCGAUGAGCGACCCAACACGGAUGCGUCUGUCAUCAGUUUUUUACCAGGUGAAGUGGAGAAGCCGUGUAUUCUUUCCCUGGUUGAUGAUACGCAGUAUGAGGAAGGAGAGGAGCUGCGUCUGGUCUUAGGGAACCCGAAAAGCAACUCACAGUUUGGAGCAUCAGUGGGAGCUUUGAAUGAGACUCUGGUGAAAAUCAAGGACACAGCAGACAAACCCAUCAUUCGCUUUUUGGAAACCAAGUUCAGUGUCAGCGAACCGAAGGAAGCCAGCGCCGUGGCAACUGUGAGGAUCCCCGUGGUGCGAGUGGGUGACACAUCGAGAGUGUCACUGGUGCGAGUUCACACUAAAGAUGGGUCAGCAGUCUCAGGAGAGGACUACUACCCCGUGUCUCAGGACAUUGAGUUCAAACAGGGGGAUAAGCAGCAUGUGGUGGAGGUGGAGGUGCUAUUUGAUGGAGUCAGAGAAAUGAGGGAAGCGUUUACUCUCCAUCUGAAACCUGAUGAAAACAUGGUGGCUGAAACUCAGGUGACUAAAGUGAUAGUUUAUAUCGAGGAGACCAACAGCAUGGCUGAUGUCACCUUCCCCUCGCUGCCUCACGUGGUGUCGCUGCUAUAUUACGAUGAUGUCGACAGGACACCAGAAAACCUCCACCCACCAGCCGGAUACCCAGUCAUCUGUGUCACUGCUUGCAACACAAAAUACCCGGACUAUGACAAGACGGGCUCUAUCUGUGUCAGCGAGCACAUCAACAACACCUUGACCCGCUACCGCUGGCUCAUCAGCGCCCCAGCUGGCCCCGAUGGCGUCACCAGUCCCAUGAGGGAGGCGGACUUUGACACGUUCUUUACAUCCUCCAAGAUGAUUACAUUGGACUCGGUCUAUUUCCAGGCAGGCUCCAGGGUCCAGUGUGCCGCUAGGGCUGUUAAUUCUAACGGGGAUGAGGGUUUAGAGCUCAGCAGCCCCAUUGUCACUGUGAGCCGGGAGGAAGGCAUGUGUCAGCCACGUAAGAUGGGGACUGUUGGUGCUGAGCCGUUCUCUGCCAAGCUACGCUACACUGGAGCAGACGACCCGAAACACCCCAACCUCAUCAAAGUGACUGUCACCAUGCCUCACAUAGAUGGUAUGCUGCCGGUAAUCUCCACUCGCCCUCUCAUGAACUUUGAACUGACCCUCAGUCCCGACGGGACCCGGGUGGGAAACCAUCGCUGCUCCAACUUGCUCGACUACAAUGAGGUCACCACAGGUCACGGCUUCAUCACCGCCUCGACACGCAGCCCUGAGAGCAUGGGAGACUCAGCGCCGUAUCAGUUCAGCAGCCCUCUGCGGGGGAACAGCACACUGCGCUUCUACAGGAACCUCAACCUGGAAGCCUGUCUCUGGGAGUUUAGCAGCUACUACCACAUGUCCGAGCUGCUCACUGACUGUGGAGGAACCAUAGGAACUGAUGGACAGGUGCUGAACCUGGUCCAAUCCUACGUGACCCUGCGGGUGCCUCUUUAUGUCUCCUAUGUGUUCCACUCCCCCGUCGGCACCGGCGGCUGGCAGCACUUUGACCUGCAGUCGGAGCUGCGCCUCACUUUUGUGUACGACACUGCUAUUCUCUGGAAGGACGGCAUCGGCAGCCCCCCUCAGGCAGAGCUGCAGGGUGCUUUGUAUCCUACCAGCAUGCGCAUAAAUGAUCAGGGACGUUUGGUGGUAAAUUUCCGCACCAAGGCUCAUUUCAGGGGUCUGUUUGUGGAGUCGCAUUCUUCGGGCAGAAUAAAAAGAGCCGCUACCUCCAUGUCAUCCAUGGUGAUGAGUGUGGACCACCCUGGCCUGACAUUUAACCUCACCUUAGUGAGGAGUGAGCCCACCUACAACCAACCAGUCCAGCAGUGGACCUUCACCUCUGACUUUGCAGUGAGAGACUACUCUGGGACCUACACAGUGAAGUUGAUCCCCUGUACAACAGCCCAGAAUAUGGAAUACACAGUUCCACCUGUCUGCAGCCCCAGAGAACCAGUUACUUUCGACUUAGACAUCCGAUUCCAGCAAGUGAGUGAUCCAGUUGCAGUGGAAUUCAGCCUGAACACUCAGAUGUUCCUGCUGUCCAAGAGGAGCCUGUGGCUUUCUGAUGGAUCAAUGGGUUUCGGUCAAGAGAGUGACAUAGCCUUUUCUGAGGGUGAUACAGUAUAUGGUCGUGUCAUGGUGGACCCUGUGCAGAAUCUGGGAGAUUCCUUCUUCUGCACCAUAGAGAAGGUGUUCCUCUGCACUGGUGCUGAUGGAUACGUACCCAAGUACAACCCGACCAAGUUCGAAUUUGGCUGCCUGGCUGACUCCCCGUCACUGCUUUAUCGAUUUAAGAUUCUUGACAAGGCUCAGCCAGAGACUCAGGCGCGUGUGUUUGGCGACGUCAGUUUUAAUGCUGUGCUGGCAGUGGAUGAUCCAUCAGCCAUGUUGCUCGUUAGACAACCAGGAUCUGAUGGCUUUAGACUAGACUCUACAGCCAUGUUCCAGGUUGCUGCAGGCCGGGAAUGGUACAUCCACACCAUUUACACAGUUCGCUCCAAAGAGAAUGCCAACAGAGGCAUUGGAAAGCGCAGCCUAGAGUACCACUCCCUGGUUUCCACCAGCAACGAGCUCGCCUUGACCUCGUCAAGCUCAAAAGGCCGUCGCUGGAGGAGGUCAACUGGCGCUGAUGCCCCAGCAGUCGCUGAAGAUAUCGGAGUAGACAACAACCGCGGUACCAACAUUAUGCACAUCGCCUUGGACCGAACCAAGCGUAGGUCAGUUGGGUCGAAUGAGCUGUUUGCUGAAGGGCUGGAACAUAGUGAGCUGAACACAGAGGAGGAAGAGGAGGGUCUGGUGACCGUGGUGGGGGCACUGGUGGGGCUGCUGCUGACUGUCCUCGUUACUGUCACCAUCAUACUGGUGCUGAGAUCCAGACAGAAGGAUGGGAAGGAGGGAUGGAGGGAGGGAGUGCAGGAGGUGGUGAAAGGGUCUGUCAGUACGGAGCCCAUGCUGGUGGUGAGGAUGCAAGACUGCCACAACAGCUCAGAGGUCUGAGCAGCGAAUGCAUGGAUGGACAGAUGGACAAUGAGAUGUAGGGAAUAUGUGGGGGCUUUUAUAAUUUUUUUGGAUUUUCUUUAAAAAAAAAAAAAAAAAAAACUGGUAUUGAAUUACAUUCACAACACCAAAAAUAAAGAUGCGUUAUUAGGUGUGCCUGUUAUUGGGGGGGAGAUUUUUACAAUGUUGAAUCCAUGACAUACCUUGAUCAUAGCAAGCAACAGCAAACAGCACAGCAGUCCUAUUUGCUGAUUUUUAUGUCACAUGCCAACUUGUGCUGAUAGUAGCUUGGUAUUCCUUGUCUCUCUUACUGGCUUUAUGGUGUUAAAGUGCCUGAAGCAACUGUAUCCCUUCAGGACGGUCCCACUCACCGAGAUAACCCUUUUCACAGAGCAAGUGUCAGGCCAUGUCGAAGAUGUAGUGCCGCAGGUGUACCUCUGGCAAAAAGGGAUUAGAUAAUGUCAGGAUUCAUAGUAAAAGGAACAGUUCACCUCAAAAAGAAGAUGUUAUUGACCGGCUGCCAUGCUGGUCAAAAUUCACUGAAGUUCGUGAGCCCUAGUAUUUAUGUGUAUGCAACAAGCCCAUCUUUUCUACAGCUUGCAAAGCAUAAAAUAGAUUCUGCACACAUAUUUUGCAGUACACUCUAAGUAUUAGAAGUCUAACAGUUGCAUGAUGGAUGCAAACGUCCAGUACUCGUUGUAUUGUCUCACUUACUCUCCCUAAAGUUGUUAUAAACUAUCCACUGGCAGAGGAUACUAAUGGAAAUUGGACCUGUAGCCUCAUUGUUUGGCUUCAGAACAAUUAUGAUGGAUCUAUGCUGCAGUAUAUACUUUAAUAUUCAUUCUGGGGUGAACUGUGCAUUUACAUUUUUGUCAAGAAAUAUUUGCUGGCACAGGACACACUGGAUUACACAAUGUGCGCUGAAAAAUAUAAAGACAAGAUGGCACCACUUGUUUCUUAUCUGUGAACUAAACCUGCAGAACUCCAGGAGGUGAAUACCACUACUGAUAGAAUUUAUGUUUAUAAACCAGCUUAGCAUUUUAAUCUUUUACCAUGUCUAAUGUUCUUUAUUUUGUUUACUGUUUUAUGAGGAAUGUUUUCCUACAUGUAUUAAGCAUUUCUAUUGCUGCUGAGUUGGGUUGUUUAUGUUUUUAAAAAUAUUUUCUUCAGUUAUUUACUCAUUUGUGUGUUUUACAGAUCAUCUUUGCUCCUAGUGCCAUGUUUACUCCAUCCUCACAGUGUCGUUGCUUCACUGUGUUUCUGGGACAUUGUCAUAUUUAUUUAAAAAUAGGGCAUAAUGUUUCUUUUUUUUUCUUUUUUUUGUAAUAACACUGGUUAAAACGUAUGUAUGUAAAAAGACACUCAUCUCAGGAGUUAUUUCUUUUACAGAGAAUGGACUGUGUGUUGUAACACAAUUUACUACUGUUGACUGAAGAGAAUCUCUAUAGAGCCACCUUCAACUCCCCUGUUACACUGCUAAUAAGUGCGGUGCUGUGAACAUGCAAAUGCUGUAUCCAUAGCCAAUGACCUGACCCUUGUUCUUCUCACAUUAUGUUCCUCUAAGCUUUAUUUGUCACUAGUGCUGUGUGGGAUUUCAGUGUUCUGACUCAUGUUUUUUCGAACAAACGAUGCAAACAAAAUAGCUGCUUACAGAUCAGUAUGUCACCAUGAAAAAUAUCCCAUUUGAUAUAAACUCAUUUCUUUGUUGAUGUCAUUGGUGAAAUUUCUUGUUUGUAUGUAUUGUUAAACCUGUGUCUUACCCUGCUAUGGAUAUACAACAUGCUGAGAUCAGUGUUCCUGAAUAAUUGUCUUAUUAUGGUGUUGAUUGUCAUCAUUGUGUAAUUAUUUCUAAUAUUCAUCAGGGUGAGCUGAUGUGAUGAACAUGAGCUGGAAAUCUGCUGAGGUGUGAUUCAGCGAGGGAUGUGAGGAUUUAUACAACUAAUAACCAGCUGAAAACCUGUGUUUUUUAAUUAUUAUUAUUUUUUGGCCCUGAUGAAUUUGGAAAUAACAUCAUAUCUGACAUCAAAUGCACUUUUUGAGUCACAUCCCUCACAUGCCAGUACAAGCUAUGCAAUGUAAUGUAUACCCCACAGCCAGUUAUCCCCAUGUAUCGGACAAUUUUAGCACAAUCAAACUUGAUAUUCACUUUGUGUCUUUUUAUGAAUGGGUUUUUAAGUAUAUGUAUUUAAGAAUAAAUAUUGUUUACUGGUGCCUAA